CAUCCUAGCUUGUGCAAUUCCAUCCUCUUUGCACCAAAUGAAGUUUAAUGAGCCCAACCUUUAUACACUUGUUGUUCUACAAGUGUUUCUUUUAUUCUCUAUUAGCUUAGCCUCUCCACAAGCUAAUCCUUCUACAGAAACACAUAUUGAUCAACUUGCUCUUCUCAAGUUCAAACAAGGGAUAGCAAGUGAUCCGCAUGGUAUCUUCAACUCCUGGAAUGAUUCUCUCCAUUUCUGCAACUGGACUGGAAUCACUUGUGGUCGUCGUCAUCAAAGAGUCACCUCCCUGGUAUUAGAAGGGCAGAAUCUGAUUGGAUCUAUAUCACCACAUAUUGCCAACCUCAGUUUUCUCAAGUUAAUCGACCUCCGAAACAACACCUUCUUUGGUGAAAUUCCACAACAAGUUGGCAACUUAUUUCGAUUACAAAUACUUCGUCUUGGAAAUAAUUCAUUACAAGGUGAAAUUCCACUCAAUUUGACUCGCUGCUCCAAGCUCAACACAAUUUCUUUACCGUGGAAUAAUCUUGAUGGAAAAAUACCAGCAGGACUUGGCUCUAUGACAAUGCUAGAGAAUAUUCUACUUCUUGCAAGCAAUCAACUUACUGGUAAUCUCCCUGACAACAUUUGCUUCACUCUCCCAAAUCUUCAAAAUCUCGCAGUUGGUGGAAACUAUUUCUCUGGCCCAAUCCCAAAUUCAUUGUCCAAUGCAUCUCAGCUUCUAAUGGUUGAUUUUUCUAGAAACAAUUUUGUGGGACGAGUUCCCUCUAAUCUUGGAAAUUUACAGAGUCUCAAGCCUUGUUUUGCAUCCUCAGCGAUGAAUCACCUUUUAAAGGUAUCUUAUAAAGACCUUCAUCAGGCAACAGAUGGAUUCUCUUCUUGCAAUUUAAUUGGUUCAGGUUUCUUUAGCUUUGUGUAUAAAGGAUUUCUACCUCAAGUUGAAGGACAAGUAGCUAUUAAGGUACUCAACCUGGAGCAAACGGGUGGCAUUAAGAGCUUCAUGGCUGAAUGCAGUACACUGGGGACUAUAAGGCAUCGAAAUCUUGUUAAGCUCAUAACAUGUUGCUCCAGCAUAGAUUACAAAUCUAAUGAAUUCAAAGCUUUAAUUUUGGAAUAUAUGGAGAAUGGAAGCUUAGAAAAGUGGUUGCAUCCAAGUGAAAAUCAGCCAAGAAGCUUGAACCUUCUUCAGAGGCUCAAUAUAGUCAUUGAUGUAGCAUCAGCUUUACAUUAUCUGCAUGAACUUUGUGAAAAGCCAGUCAUUCAUUGUGACCUAAAGCCGGCCAAUAUUCUGCUUGAUGAAGAUAUGAUUGCUCAUGUAAGUGAUUUUGGCCUAGCAAAACUCUUCAAAAUCAACAACGAUUCAUCUGUACGUCAAACUAGCACAAUUGGAAUCAAAGGAACUGUCGGUUAUGUUGCUUCAGGUAAUUAACAAUUAUAAAUUCCUUUUUCCUUUUU